AAGCCUCAAUUUGUGUGGAAAAAGGCGAGAUAAUUUUAGGGCGAGGCGACGAUUUCACCUGCUAAGCGCGAGUCAUAUUUUCCCAACUCUUACCAGUUCUAGAUUGCAAGGUGCAAAGUGAUUGUCUUACAUUACCUCUGUGCUGGGCUGUGCAAAAGAAAAGGAUUUUUAUAAAUUAUAAAUAUCUUGUUUUGUUGUACAGUGAGUGGAUUGUGUUAGGAAAUAAAAAAAAGAGGAAUUAACAAAUAAAAAAGAAAAGCAAAGAAAGUGUUAAAAGGAUGGCGGGAAAGGGCCAAGGACAGGGUGAGAAUGCUGCAAAGUUGGAGAAUCAGAUAGCCUGCAUCAAGUACACGAUAUUCUGCUUUAAUAUUUGUGCAUGGAUGGUAGCUGCUGCUCUCUUCGCUCUAACAGUUUGGAUACGAGCAGAACCCGGAUUUGCCGAUUGGGUGGAUAUCCUCGAAAUUCAUGCAUAUUACAUUGGGAUCUACAUUCUCAUUGGUGUGAGCAUUAUUGUUAUGAUUUCAUCUUUCCUUGGAUGCUGUAGUGCUCUAAUGGAACACACAGUUGCGCUAUAUAUGUUCAUCGGCACACAGGGCUUUUGCUUCCUGGUAGGGACGAUUGGUGCAGCAAUCCUUCUCAGUUUCAGCACAAUUGGUUCAUUUGUCCAGCCAAUGAUCUACGAUACAAUCACACGACUCAUCAUGGCAUCGUCCCAUCAUCAACCAUCACGAGAUAUCUUAAAGAUGAUACAAGAAUCUAUUGGUUGCUGUGGUGCUGAUGGUCCUAAUGAUUACAUUGUUCUCAAACAUCCCCUACCCCGAGAAUGCAGAGACUCUGUCACCGGAAAUGCCUUCUUUCAUGGAUGUGUAGAUGAACUAACGUGGUUCUUGGAGGAUAAAUCUGGAUGGGUAGCUGGUCUGGCGAUGGCUCUUGCUCUAAUGCACGUAAUAAAUGGUGUUAUGAGUAUGGUGCUUGUGCAGGCGCUGAAGAAAGAAGAGGAUGAAGCACGCACGUACAGACACUAAAUUUUGAGAAAUCUUUCUUUUCUUUUCUAUUCAAUAUAAUUGUAAAAUUAAUUAAUUGCUCAAAGAAUCCAUUUUUAGAAGACAUAGCAGAUAUCAUCAUUCCCGUGCGAAGGAUUGCAUUACACAACUGACCGUUGAUUCAUGACACACAAAACUGAAACAUUGUAUUCAUGAUUUUUAUAUUAUAAUCUGGGCGAAUAAAGACCACGUUUUAUGGUAAACCCA